GGAAUAAUGAAAUCAUUCACAGACUGUCACAGACAUGGACCGCUUGUUUUGUUUCUCGCUCUUGCUCUCAUACCUGCCAGUAACAGAGAGUAUGGAGGGCUGCUUAUCCCAGCCAAACAAGAUGAUCUGGCGGAAAACAGGGCAGACUGUUUUUCUCAAAUGCCUCAGUUCAAAUUGCUUAACCAAGGAGGGCUUGCAGUUUGAGUGGUUUGCUUUCAAGGAAAACGUCCAUCUUCCUCUCAACGUGAGUAAGAAUCCUCACAAGUACAGCCUGGACAAAGCCUCUUUAAACAUCAAGUCACUUCACACAAAUGAGAGCGGGAUCUACUACUGUGCAGUAUUUUCUGGAUACACAGCAAAGGGCACAUCGUAUGUAGCGUUGGGUACCACUCUUGUGGUGACGGAAUACAUUAGUCCACUAGUGAGGCACAUUCUUCUUUGGUUGUCAUUUGCCCUCUUGGCCAUCUACAGCUUGGCAAUAGUGACACUUAUUCUAAAGAAGUGUGGCUGCAAAACGAGCGUCUGCAGAAAGAGGGGGGAAACAGAUAAGACUCCCGGAGAGAAACAUUCUUUUAAAAGAACACACUUCCGGGAUGUCCUGCAAGAGAUGUACAGCAAAAGGAAUUUGGAGAAAGGCAUUAAAGCUGAGAACAAAAAACCUUCUCAAGCUGAGGCUCCAGGCACCGAGUUCAACGGCUCAACUGAUGACAUCUAUCAAAACGUCUAAGUGUCAUUGAUGUAAAUGACCUCCAACAUCCAGACUGAGAGGAAAUUCCACAGCCGUUAGAUACCUGGCACAGGAUGCCGUGAAGAGACACAGGAAAUUAACAAAUCAAAGGCUGUAAGUUAGUCGAGUGCUUGUUCGCCUUUUCUCACGAAGGGAAACACAACAACCACAACGAAGAUCCUCAGUUUUUCAGUUUCAGCAGUGAUAGAACAAUUGUAAUUCCUUUUAAAAUCACACUAGUGUUUACCUUGUGAAAAGAAACAAAAGAAAACCCAAACCAAUUCAGAAAUGAGGCACAUCUUUUUAGUUCAUCAAUUUAAUUUCUUCCAUACAAGUUGUUUGAUAGAAAAAUAAAUAGUGAAUUGCAUUUUCAGAAACAGAGAAUAGAAAGUGUCACAUUUUCAGGAAACAACUACCACAUCGUUCACUAAUGAAAGUAAAAAUCUGAACUGUGCAACAAGUCUGCAAGAAGACAAUGUAAUUUCCCUUUUUCAACAAUUAAGGUAAAAACAAACUAGUUUCAACAUUCUGGGAAAAAAGUUUUUACAAGAUUGCUCAUUCAAAAAUGUAAUGACAUAAAGGGAACAUUGCCGAUGACUUGCAUACAGUCCUUGGCAAUACAAGGAAUGCAAUAUUGUCAGUAUAGACAAUGUUGCAUUAACAAGGCAAACGUUUUGUAUUGUUUAGUAUUUGCUAAAAAAAAAAAAGACGUUUAAAUUACAAAAACCUCUAAUAUGCAAUCAUUUUAAAAUCUGAUAUGUUUGUGCUUCAUCAUAUUCGGUACAAUACCUUAUAUUUAUUUCCUGCAAAUGCCCAUAGAAACGUUUCUGCCAGUUAACAUUAGAAACUACUUCAUAAAGUCAAGUUGGAUGUUUACAUACACAAUGUUAUACAUUCAAAGCUGUGAUAUGCACUCUUUAACUUAUACAACAAUCACACAUAUACAGAAAUGACAAAUAGCUCAAAACAAGGCUGCCAGACUAGCUCUCCACUGUUCGAAGCGCACUCAUAUUGGAGUUAUGCAUAGAAACCUAUCAUGGCUUCCGGUUGAGAAACGUCUGCAAUCUCGUGUUAUCACUUUUAAAAAAAAAAUCCAAUUUAGCAAAAAACCAUUGUAUUUUUAUGAUCAAAUAGUUUACACAAGAGACGAGCAUGACCAUAAGACUAGACAAGCUACAUCAGGCCAUCUACUGGCACCUAAACCCAGGACAAAUCUUAUGAAAUCUUCUGUGACUUAUAGAGCAAUCAAGGAAUGGAACUCAUUGCCGAACUACCUUGCUGAAAUAGAGUCCAGAGCCUCUUUCAAGAAGAGAUUGAAGGGCCAUCUACUAAUGACCAAGUACCCUUGUGAACUGUGAACCCUCAUUUAAUUGUAUCUCAUGCCUUGUACUGGUGGGUGUCUUGUGCACUCAUCCUUGGCUGAUAUUGAAAGUGGAUGAGAUUGUUGAUGAUGUUGGAGAUUGUUGAUGAUAUUGGUGAUGUUGUUAACGUUGUUAAUGAUGUCAGGACUUAUGUCUUGAAUGUUGUUAUUGUAUUAUUGUUGUAUUAUUGUUGUAUUGUUUUAAGUGUCGCACCCCAGGAAGAGUAGCUUUUGUCAAGAGCAAAAGCUAAUGGGGAUCCUAAAUAAACAUAAAACACAUCAUGCCUUCUAUCUCUUUAAGCUCAAAGGUAUGAGCCAUGCUGUGAUUACAUCACAUUUUUUUUACUGAGUAUAAGUACUGAUUAUAUAGUGAAGAUAAUUAGAAGGCACAAAAACCCUUGCUUUGCUUUUGGUGCGGGAAUCCAAUUCCAAUUGUUUCUUGUUGGACUAUAAUAACGAGUGAAAUAAAAAUUGCCCAUGUUUACAGCAAAGAAGAUGGUGUCGACUGCACUGCAGCUACUUAUGUGUUAUGUCUUAUGUUAUAUUUGUUUGUAGUAUUUGCAUGACAUGUGUUUUUAUUUUGUAUUUGGAACAGUGUACGUCUUGGAUUGCUAGAAUAAAGUAAAAAAAAGA